CGUACACUCACGCGCGCCCGCGCACGCACAGAAGGCGGAAAUGCGGCGGAUGUCGGUGAUGUUAACGCGGAGCUGCGGGAUUAUUACAGACUCUGUCAGUGGGGCUCUGCUGGGCUCGUGAUGAUGGGGAAGUAUUUCUUCAGCGAGACGGACAUCAAGAGCACGUGGGAUCAGGUGUUGGCGGCCUUCUGGCAGAGAUACCCGAACCCAUACAGCACUCAUGUUCUGACGGAGGACGUACUUUUCCGCGAGGUGACGCCGGAUAACCUGCUCCUGUCCCGGCGGCUCCUGACGAAGACCAGUCGUCUCCCUCGCUGGGCGGAGCGCGUCUUCCCGGGAAACCUGUCGCGUUCGGUGUACAUCAUCGAGGAUUCUGUGGUCGACCUCGGAAACAGAAGCCUCACGACGCUGACCUGGAACGUAAAUCACGCUAAACUAAUGGAGUUCGGUUUGGCCAGGUUCAGGAGUAAUCAGGUGAAAGCCAUGAAGGGUUUGGAGCAUGCACUGUCCAAUCUGCAGAAAAUCUGA